GUUCGUCUUUCUAUUCUUUGUUCGUAGAACUUUCGGAUAAUAGAUUGGAGAACUUGUUUGACAAGAAGAAACGAGAAUAAUUCUCACACGUGUUAGGAAAAACAUCGUUUAAAACCAUAAGUUAUGCUGGAGGUUGCCCAACAAACAGCUACUGCAGCUAACAAGAAGAUUUAUAUAGGCAAUCUUUCUCCAGAUGUAACCAAGGAAGAUAUCACUCAACAUUUUGCAUUGGAUGCAACACCAUAUCUUAAAUCAGCAGUUAAAAUAGAACUACCUGCUCGUAAAGGAUAUGCAUUCCUUUUUGUCCCAGAAGCAUUUGGUGAUCAUGUGAUAGGCUUUGAUGGUACAGAGUUGAACAACAAAAAAAUCAAAGUGGAAUUGGCAAAACCCAGGUCUCCUUCUCAAACACAACGGACAAAUGGUCGUUUGUACAAUCGUGGUCCAAACAACCAAAGACGGGUCUAUAAUUAUGGAUUUAAUCGUGAGAAUUAUGACCAACAUUCACAGUUUCUGAAACCUCUUGUUGUUCCUCCAAAGGAAUUGCUUCAUGCUAUUGAUGUUGUUAAUUUAACCAAUCAAAUGUUUGCCAAUGACACAGAUUAUGUGAUAGCUCGAGCUUUAAGUGCUGGAAUAUUUAAAAUGGUUGUUACUGGAAACACAUUAAAAAAGAGUCGUGUGGCUGUUUCACUUAGCAAGACUCGCCCUGGUUUUCUGUACGCUGCAGUUGGCGUUCAUCCGCACUGGUCUCAAAAGGAAUGGAGCGACAAUUCUCUUAAGGAACUGGAAGAGUUGGUACAACUUCCUGAAGUGGUGGCUGUUGGUGAAGUUGGUCUUGAUCUAAACCGAAAUUAUUCCCCUCCAGAAGUUCAGGAAACCGUUUUUGAAAAACAAUUAUUGGUUGCGUGUAAAUAUAAGAAAACUCUGCUGGCUCAUGAACGAGAGGCUCAUGCAAAAUUCAUGGAAGUAAUUACUCGGCAUCGAAACCAUCUUCCGCAAGUGAUUAUACAUUGCUUUACUGGAAGUAAGGAAGAAAUUAAGGCUUAUGUUGACAUGGGCUUUUAUAUUGGAAUCACAGGAUUCAUAUGUAAAGAAAAUCGAAGCCGUCAAAUUCGUGAAGCGAUCAAAGAUGGCACACUACCGCUUGACAAAAUAAUCAUUGAAACAGACGCUCCAUAUAUGGUUCCCAGUCUCCCUCUCUCUCAAUUAGAUGAAACAAGCCGCAUGUUGUUAAUGAGAUGCAGAGAAGGACGUAAUGAACCAUGUACCCUUCCAGUUAUUGCGAAGACUGUCGCAAAAUGUAUGGGAAGAGAAGCAAAGGAAGUUGCUCGUGUUACGACAGCAAACGCUGCAAAAGUAUUUGGUUUGACAGCCCCGCAAGUGUGAAUAAAUACUGUCAUAUGAUUGGAUAGAUAUACGUUGAAGUUAUAUACUGUAGGAUUCUCAAGCUGUUGCAUUGGGGAUUUGGAUUAUGGACGAGAUUCAGAGCUGAAAUUUGUGUUUAUUUUUGUAUUGUACGUAGAAUGGUAGUUGGGUACAUGGAUCAAUAUAUGUCAGUUUAUUGUAAUGUUGAAUAUAUUGGAUGCAUUUUUUGUUAACCCCGAAGUAAAUAAAGGAGGGGACAUUGUCUAUUUUUCAAUAUUGUCCGCUUGGUGAAUGCAUGUAAAAAUUGCGGAGAAAAUAAAUUAUAACGUAAAUAUA